CAGCGCGUUAGAACGCGGCAGCUUCACGGCACAUUUCCCGCCGACCGGAGGCUUCUCCUGGCUGCCCUUCUCCGCAGGGUGCAGGGAAAAAUCGUCCUCCCAAAUGUCACAUUUCCAAGUCAGAUGAGGCUUUUGUGUCCGCUCACGUCACGCAUUGUCCGGACUGGCCGGCUAUAGACGGACGUUACGAUCCUGGUGGAUGGAGAAACACAAAAGCGGGGCGGUAUAAAACCCCGCGAGGCGGCACCCGCUCCAGUACAGAACAGAACCCGCCUGGAGCAAGCACGGUGCUCUACACGUCUUACGGAACUCUUAACUUCUUACGGAACUCUUAACUUCCUACGCCGUUCUUAACUCGUGCUUAAGGCUCCACGUAAGGAACGGAGAAAACUGCCACCUGUUGAUCCACCUGCGCGACUCCUAAGGACUACCUGCCAGUCUAAGACUUGUCCGAAGUACUUUGAGAGCCCAGAUCAGAUCUAAGAUGAACGUGACCUCCUUAGCGCUCCUGUUGCUGGCCGUGCUCGGGGUUCCCGUGUCCUCCCGCCCGAGGAAAAGUAAGAGCCGUCCCGGUGCCGAGCUGGCGAGGCCGAUGCGGGGCGACGUGCACCCGAUCUUCGGGCUGGAGAUGAGCCAGGCCCGCCCGACCAUCGACCGGUGCGCGGAGCGGUACGCGGACGGGGAGGAGGACGGGCGGUCCCGCCGCUACACCCGCCGGGAGCUCCGCAGGAACGACCUGGCCAUGGUCAACGUGCACGCCUGGUUCGACUUGGAGAACCACUUCGUCAUCUUCCGCGUCAGCAAGUGUCACGUGCUCAGCUUCCCGGUCUGCUACGUCACCACGACCCUUGACCUUGGCCGGGACGAGCUGACCCCUGACGACGGACAAUGGCGCGAACUCAUCGGCAUGUUCGAGCAAGGGAAGGGCCCUGCGGAGUAUUUCCGCGGCUACGACUACACCACCGGCAUGGCGUACCUGGCGAACCACCCGAAGGGGCACCAGAUGUGCCAGGGCACGCUGCUGGUCUACAUCUUCGACCUGAAGCGCGUCAUGGAGCACAUGGACCUCAUGAAGCAGCACCCGCGCCUGCAGACGCUCUACAAGCCGCGCAAGUUCCACGCGCCCACACCGUUCGAAGACGACGCCUUGCGGGCUUUCCUAAAAGAGCAGCGGUCCGAGAAGAAGAAGCGAUCGCUGAACCGGAAGUCACGUCACGCCCGCCGCCGCGCCGACCGGAAACACAGGCGUGACAUCAUCAGGCAUGGGGAUGACGUCAUCGUCACCGUGGACGACAUCAGUAAUGACGAGAAGGAGAGAACACUGGCGCAAGCGCAGGACGAGUUCUCCGGAGAGAUGGACUAUGACGUGUCAGCCUUUGCAGCAACUGACGACCAGUCGGAGGUUGCCCCUAGCAACCCGUCCCGCUGUGUGGAGACUCGCGACUGCCGGCGGUACUGCAGCCGCUGGGACGAGGGGCCCUUCUGGCGUUACUGCCUCAAGUUCCGCGUCACGUGCAAGUUCGUCUGCAAGAGGCAUCACUGAUUGGUCAGGGCCGCAACAGACACGCUGCAGACACGUGACCAUCACAUGGGAAACCGGACAUUGCCAAUAUGGCUGAAAUCAUGUGGCAAAUAGGGCUAAGAAACUUUAGCCGAAAGUUUACCUUUUGAGUGCAAUCAUGACCCAAAGUCGUUGCUAGGAGACGAUGUACAAAUCCUUGGGUAAAUUUGACAAUCAGAAUGUACAGAAUUAUUUAUUGCGAUUCCCCGUUGUUCCGCUGGGGGCGUUACUGCGUCUGUCGCACAACAAGCGGUUUCCACACCGCGCAUGCGCAUUUGUACAUAAGAAAUAUCGUGUUAUGGAAGAGUUCUAUUUAUGACGUCACUAUUUAUUUGUUCAUUCCAUAGAGAUAAACAAUCGGCUUGUUUACGCCGUGCGACAGAGUUAUUUAAGGCUGAGCCCAAUUAUGGCAAUAAAGAUGCAAACGGAG